AUGAUAGCUUUCAUCUUUCUGGCUGUGGGGCUAUUCUUGGAAAACGAGAGCACUUCCCCAACCACUGAUUGCUUAGACUUAAGAGAGCAAUGUCUAAGUGAUGAAAAUGGAUGUAAGCACGCAUGGAAAAUGAUAGAAGAGGCUUGCAAUGCUUCAGAUCCAGGUAACCUCUGCAAGACAAAGGAUUCAGCAUACUGUGAUCUGAACAUCUGGUCUUUUGUGCAAACUUACACUCAAUUCAAUGACUGUUUCUGCACUGGUGCUCUCCACUGUACUGGUACCAAAUUGUUUGGGGAGAAAUGCAUCAAUAAAUCAGAUAAUAUGAAAGAAGAUAUGUUCAAGUGGAAUCAAACUACUCUUUUGUAUCAUGGAGUCGAAGGGAUCCAAUCCUGUCUGGAAGUGGCAAUGUCAUGUGUAAGCGAUGCGGUUUGCAAUGCACAAUUGGCCCCUUACCUUAAAGCUUGCUCAGCAAAUGGAAAUCUGUGUGAUGUGAAACAGUGCCAAGCAGCCAUACGGUUCUUCUAUCAAAACAUGCCUUUUAACAUUGCCCAGAUGUUGGCUUUUUGUGACUGCGCUCAAUCUGAUACACCUUGUCGGCAGUCCAAAGAAGCUCUUCACAGCAAGCCAUGUGCAGUGAACAGAGUUCCACCCCCGACUUGCCUCGAUGUAAUUCACAGCUGCCGAAAUGAUGAAUUAUGUAGGCAGCGCUACAGAGUAUUCCAGUCAAAAUGCUGGCCGAAUGUGACAAGACAGUGUUAUGAAGAUGAGAUCUGUAUCAGUACCUUAAACAAGCAAGAUCUCAGCUGCUCGGGAAGUGAUGACUGCAAAGCUGCUUUUAUUGGAACUCUCGGGACAAUCCUUCAAGUGCAGUGCACCUGUAGAGCCAUUACUCAAAGUGAAGAAUCCACGUGCAAGAUUUUCCAACAUAUACUUCACAGAAGAUCAUGUUUCAAUUAUCCGGCCCCUUCUAAUGUCAAAAUGCCUAACAGAAGACAUGCAAAGAAAAUAUCAAUGUAUGGAUUUUAUUCCCUCUUCACAGGUUAGUUAAAAAUUAUUAUCAUUUAUGCCAUCACAUGCGUGACAGUUACCUGUGGAAUCCUUCUCCUGGGUAUGCUGAAACUGAGAAUGUCCAGAAUAUCAAGUCAAACAAGAGAUCCUUCACUAACCCAGACACCUGAAGGACUUGUGAUUCAUUCAGUCUCAAAUCAUUAA